AUGCUUUCUGCCGAAAGGCGGAUGGAUGAUCUGGGAUAUAAAUGUUUGGAAGAAGAGGAAGAGGAAGACUACGAAGCAUACUCACCAAAUUGGUAUCUCUCCAGAAACUUUGUAAAUGCGGCAGCAGGCAAGGGUCUACUUGAACUAUCCGGUCCUGCAGAUCCAUCAGGCACGGGAGAAGCAUUUAGCUUUAGAAAGAUUAGGCUGAAGAAAGGUAAUGAGUCGGAGAACCGCAAGAUCAUUGCUGAACAUCAGGCAACAUACAAAGAAAGAGCAGCAUCUAUCUGGAACAAGCAUAUUGAAAUGCUAAGAUCUUCGGAAAUGGUAGAGUAUACAGAAACAUCAAAAAGACUUACUUUUGAGAUUCCCAGUGAAACAACUGCCACUGAAACAGCGGCUUAUCUUACAAUUAAAAGAACGGUUGAUGAAAAUGGCACUCUUGUUGUAAAAACUGAAAAGAUAUAUGAUGGAAGGGUCAUAAAGGCGUAUUUAAAAGCAAGAAAAAGUAUUAAAGUUGAAGACAAGAAGACCACUUUUACCUGUUCAAGUUGCGGACAGCCUGGCCAUAUGAAGACAAACAAGAGCUGUCCAAACUAUGUUGGAUCAAUAAAAACGCCUAAAAGGAGGAUUGAGGAGAAGAAAGCGUCUUUGGUAUUUCAGGAAAAACUCGCAAAGCUUGUUUCUGUUUUUAUGUCGAUGCCAUUUUCAAACGCCUUUCACCGGCCUGUUUCCCUGAAAAAGUUUCCAAACUACACAGCAGUUGUAAAAGCACCCAUCGAUCUUGGAACUAUCAAAACUAAAGCAAGGAAUGGAGUGUACUCGAAAUACGAAGAGUUUCUUGGUGAUCUAAUAUUGAUGAAAGAGAACUGCAAGCUAUAUAAUGGACCUACUCACUCAUUGACGGAAAUAGCUGAUGAUAUUUGCAAUCAAGCACAGGACUACUAUCAGAACAACCUGUCUGAGAUUAAAGAGCUUGAAGCACAGGUUCAAGAAGAGAAGUAUGUCGUCUGA